AUGGCGUCGGUCGCCGCCUGGCUCCCGUUCGCCCGCGCCGCCGCCAUCGGCUGGGUGCCCAUCGCCACGCACCCGCUGCCGCCGCCGCCCGUGCCCAAGGAUCGCCGCCGCGCAGAGGAUGAGAAGCUCCUCAUCAAUGUCUCCGGCCGCCGCUUUGAAACCUGGCGGAACACCCUCGAAAAGUACCCCGACUCUCUUCUUGGCUCCUCCGAGCGAGAGUUCUUCUACGAUGAGGACAGUAGAGAGUACUUCUUUGACAGGGACCCGGAUAUAUUCCGACACAUUCUCAAUUACUACAGAACCGGCAAAUUGCAUUAUCCGAAACACGAAUGCUUGACAGGGUACGAUGAGGAGCUUGCGUUCUUUGGUAUACUACCCGACGUGAUCGGCGACUGCUGCUAUGAGGACUACAGGGAUAGGAAAAGGGAAAACGCCGAAAGGCUAAUGGACGAUAAGUUGAGUGAAGCUGGCGAUCAGAGUCUGCCCCAGCUUACUGAUUUAAGACAAAAAAUGUGGAGGGCGUUCGAGAACCCGCACACUUCCACUGCCGCUCUAGUAUUCUAUUACGUGACGGGUUUCUUUAUUGCUGUCUCGGUGAUGGCUAACGUUGUGGAGACAGUGCCCUGCGGCCACAGGCCAGGGCGCGCCGGGACCUUGCCUUGCGGCGAGCGAUACAAGAUAGUCUUCUUUUGUUUGGACACCGCGUGCGUGAUGAUUUUCACGGCGGAAUAUCUGCUGCGGCUGUUCGCGGCGCCGGACCGAUGCAAAUUUGUGCGCUCUGUGAUGUCAAUCAUCGACGUGGUGGCCAUCCUACCGUAUUACAUCGGGCUGGGCAUCACAGACAACGACGACGUGUCCGGCGCGUUCGUCACCUUGAGAGUGUUCAGAGUGUUCCGUAUCUUCAAGUUCUCGCGACACUCUCAAGGUCUCAGGAUCCUGGGUUACACGCUCAAGUCAUGCGCCAGCGAGCUCGGCUUCCUGGUGUUCUCGCUUGCUAUGGCCAUCAUCAUCUUCGCGACGGUUAUGUUCUAUGCUGAGAAGAACGAACAGGACACAAACUUCACGUCCAUUCCUGCCGCCUUCUGGUACACCAUUGUGACCAUGACUACUUUAGGAUACGGUGACAUGGUACCGGGAACAAUCGCCGGUAAGAUAGUGGGUGGUGUGUGCUCGUUGUCCGGAGUACUCGUCAUCGCUCUGCCCGUGCCAGUCAUCGUGUCCAACUUCUCCCGGAUCUACCAUCAGAAUCAACGUGCUGACAAGAGAAAGGCGCAGAGGAAAGCGCGCCUGGCCCGCAUCAGGAUUGCCAAGGCUUCGUCAGGCGCGGCGUUUGUGUCCAAGAAGAAGGCUGCUGAGGCACGCCUUGCCGCUCAAGAGUCUGGCGUCGAACUUGACGACGCUGGACGGGAUGAAGACAUUUUCGAAUUGCAGCAUCAUCAUCUGCUGCGAUGCUUGGAGCGUACUACUGAUCGUGAAUUUGUCGAAAUGGAGAAUCCGUACAAUGGUGCUGCAAAGCGCCCCGGCUCACCUUCCCCCCUAGCGUCGCCCGCGCAUUCGGGCCGCGCCCCAGCACUGCUCGCCUGCUGCGCGCGCUGCGGCUGUUGUCCUCAGAAGUACCAGGUCCUGCUAUUAGAUCCUGGUAGGAAAGGGCGCGCACGAGGCAACCGUCGGUACACUGCAACCUCUCGCCCCUCUGACACGUCAAUGUCGGCCGCGCCCAGUGAAGACCCUUUACCACAAGCAUGUGGCAAAUACAUUCCGGCAGGCAGCACAGUGCAAGGUAACCAAACGGGUGUCGCAAUGGACGGGACUUACCUCGUAGAGGCAUCCUUCUAGGACCCAACCACUAGCGCUCAUGUCGAGAGCUAUGUGUGACUUGUGAUUGUGUAUACAAGUUUGGACUUCAACAAAUGGAUGAAGAUAUAGUGCAAUGACAUUGCUAAAUUUUGACAAUUACUAGGUUAUGAGCCUUUAUGGUAUUUUUAACAUAAUACUGCCUAUUAAUAUCAAAUUUGUAUUUUGUUUCCAAUUUCCAAUGAGGUUUUAUGGAUUUGAAUAGUGGUUGAGGAAUAGACGAUUUGCGUCGCUAUCGGAAUAUAAAUUAAACGUCCUAUUCGAUGUAUUUCGUAUAGUUGAUAAUGUUUAAGACUUUUUAAUCUCUCAGAGCGGACACGCUUGUAUAGAAUCGAAAAUCUAUAUGUGAUUCUUCGUUAGAAAAGACAAAUUUAAAUUCUCUGUAGUCAAUAGUUCGUGUCAUAUCAAUUUCUUCAUGUAUAGACUUCUGAUAUCCAUUCUUUAUUGUCUUAAUAUUUUCCUAUCUAUGUCCCUUUCCCUUCCACUAGAAUUCUAGUGCCUUCGUGAGACAAAACAUUAUUGUUACUCGGUGUUAGUGAAGAAUAGGAGUUAGAUAAAUGUUUAUUAAAUACGAUUAAAGAUACGAGAAGUAAUGUGUUUGUGGAAUUUCCUGAGAAAUAAAAAGUAAACAAUCAUAGUAUUGUGAUGUACAGUUUCUUGUAAAAUAUUAAAUUGAAAAUUAGUUAUUUAAGUAUAAAUGAGAUUGUAGAUAGUAUAUCAGCCAACUUUAACGAUAUUAUAUAAAUAAUUAAUCAUAUGUUAUCGAAGAUUUAAAUGCAAGCAUUUUUUUAUAUCAUAAUGUGGUCAAACGAGC